GAGGCUAUGUGGACCGCCACAUCCGCUGUUUCUCAUUGGUCCGAGAGGGGAGGCGGGGUGUUUUGAUUGGUUGAGGGUGGAGUUUGUAGCCGCGUGUUUAGCGCCUCUCGGCUGACUGCGGCUCUUCUGAGUGUGCGGUUCCAGGUGGGCUCACGCGGUUCAGUCUGAGAAAUGCCUGUUGGGAACCCAUUCUUAGCUGCUAGGCGCUGCAGGAACUGGAAGCACACUGACUUGUGUAGCAGAACGCUCUGCGAGUGUCCGUAAGGAGUUUUCAGGGCAGAGAAGUCUUGCUCAGAAAGCUGCUGGAAGACGCAGCCUGGCUGAGGUGGUAAUAGAGCAGCAGGUCCUGAAGUGGCGGAAUCAGCUCUUGACAGCACCUCCCCGGUGUGCUUUCAGAAAAACCCAUCAGGACCUUGACAUCUGGAAAGCCGUGUAAAUGCAAUAAUCAGUGUGGUGAUGUCUCGGGAGACGGAUGUGGAAUGUCAGCAGCCCCAUGGCAGUGCCUCCCCGCAGUCCCAAGGCGGCAUCUUGCAGUCCCAGGGUCCCUCCUUGCAGCCACACGGCUCCUCUUCACAGUCCCAGGGCACAUCCAGCUCCUCCACCAGCACGGUGCCCACGUCCAGCCAGUCCUCUCACUCCAGCUCGGGCACACUGAGCUCCUUAGACACAGUGUCCACGCAGGAACUCUAUUCUAUUCCCGAGGACCAAGAACCCGAGGAGCCUGUCCCCGCCCCUUGGGCUCGAUUAUGGGCCCUUCAAGAUGGAUUCUCUAAUCUUGAAUGUAUUAAUGACAGCUACUGGUUUGGGAGGGAUAGAAGCUGUGAAUACUGCUUUGAUGAGCCCCUGCUGAGAAGAACCGAUAAAUACCGGACUUACAGCAAGAAGCACUUUCGGAUCUUCAGAGAAAUGGGUCCUAAAAACUCUUACAUCGCAUACAUAGAAGAUCACAGUGGGAAUGGAACCUUUGUAAAUAGAGAGCUUGUAGGGAAAGGAAGACGCCUUCCUUUGAAUAACAAUUCUGAAAUUGCACUUUCAGUAUGGAGUAAUAAAGUUUUUGUAUUUUUUGAUCUGACUGUAGAUGAUCAGUCAAUUUAUCCUAAGGAAUUAAGAGAUGAAUACAUCAUGUCAAAAACUCUUGGAAGCGGUGCCUGUGGUGAGGUGAAGCUAGCUUUCGAGAGGAAGACGUGUAAGAAAGUAGCCAUAAAGAUCAUCAGCAAAAGGAAGUUUGCUAUUGGCUCUGAGAGAGAGGCAGAUCCGGUGCUCAAUGUUGAAACAGAAAUAGAAAUUUUGAAGAAACUAAAUCAUCCUUGUAUCAUCAAGAUUAAAGACUUUUUUGAUGCCGAAGAUUAUUAUAUUGUUUUGGAAUUGAUGGAAGGAGGAGAGCUGUUUGAUAGGGUCGCGGGGAAUAAGCGCCUGAAGGAAGCUACAUGCAAACUCUAUUUUUACCAAAUGCUCCUGGCUGUGCAGUACCUUCACGAAAAUGGCAUUAUACAUCGGGACUUAAAGCCAGAGAAUGUUCUACUUGCAUCUCAAAAAGAGGACUGUCUUAUAAAGAUUACUGAUUUUGGGCAGUCCAAGAUUUUGGGGGAGACCUCUCUGAUGAGAACCUUAUGUGGUACCCCCACUUACCUGGCGCCUGAGGUUCUUAAUUCCUUUGGGACUGCUGGAUAUAACCGUGCUGUGGACUGCUGGAGUUUAGGAGUUAUUCUUUUCAUUUGCCUUAGUGGGUAUCCACCUUUCUCUGAGCAUAAGACUCAAGUGUCACUGAAGGAUCAGAUCACCAGUGGAAAAUACAACUUCAUUCCCGAAGUCUGGGCAGAGGUCUCAGAGAAGGCUCUGGACCUCGUCAGGAAGUUGUUGAUAGUGGAUCCAAAGGCGCGUUUUACGACAGAAGAAGCUUUAAGACACCCAUGGCUUCAGGAUGAGGAAAUGAAGAGAAAAUUUAAGAAUUUGCUUUUUGAAGAAGAUAAGUCGAUGGCUCUGCCCCAGGUUCCUGCCCAGGUAUUCUGCCUUCCACAAGUCGAAAGCGGCUUCUCGAAGGGGAAGCAGAGGAUGCUGACCCCACAAAGCGCCUGGCUGUAUGCGCUGCUGUCUCAUGAACACCGGUAGACCACAAAAGAAAUGUACCUUCUUGAACCCUGCUGCCAUGUUCUUUAAAUCUGUUUUGUAUAGUUUAUAUUUUCAUUAGCAGAACAGUUACUUUUCCACAAUCAUAAAUACACAAUUCAAAA